AUGGUGAAAGGACUAGCCAGCCAGUAUGUGUUUGUACUUCUACCAUGUUACAAACACGACUGCAGUCAUGAACUUUGUGGGAAGGGUAAACCAGAAAAAGGCAGACUUUGGUAUGAGAAUGGCCCCCCCCUGAGAAAUAUUCCAUUCCCCAUUCCCGACCAGAAACGACCAUGGGGCAGUGAAGAUUGUACUGAAUGUCAGUCUGUUUGUAGUGGGCAUUUCCUUUCCCCAGAAGAUAAUAUUCAACAUGUGGCAAAACACGGAACAGGAGACUGUCAGUUCUCUCCACCAAGUGAAGUUAUCAAGUCCGCGUUCGGUAAAAGAGCAAGGCAGGGCCAGCUGAUGGAUGAGAACACAAUACUAACCUUAGCCAAAACAACUCUCCUAAGCAAGGAAGAAGUCCAGAUGUGGGUGGACCACCUGUCCUGCUUGGCAAAGCAUAGGCAAGCUGGUGCGAAAAAAGCUGCCAAAUCAAGAGCUAAAAAAGGUACAUCUUAUAGUUUAAAUCUUUGAAAUAUCAUGAUAGCAAGUACCAUACUGCAGAAACGAGGGCCACUUUGUCUUCUGAGUAUUGUCACUGUUAUACUACAAAUGUUAAUUUUAUGUUUCUUCACUUUACAGCACAACGAAAGCUCUACUACUUCUGCCAAAAAACAGAUGAUGGAAGUCAAGCCAUGAUUGCAUUUGACUACCCCAGCUGCAAGUUUGAGUGGUUUCACUUUCAAUGUGUUGGUCUUCAAGAAGAAGAGGACUUGGUUGGGGCGUGGUUCUGCCGAUCCUGUACUUUGGCCCCCUGA